AUGUUUUUGGGUGCAGUUGGGUGGUAUCGGAAGUUUAUCAAGGAUUUUAGUACAAUUGCUCGACCAUUAACAUGGCUUUUGGAGAAAGAUGUCACAUUCACUUGGGGUAAGGAGCAAGAUGAUGCAUUCAAUACACUAAGACAUGAGUUGGUUAAAGCUCCAGUAUUAGCCCAUCCUGACCCCACUCGACCCUUUGUUGUUACCACGGAUGCAAGUAAAGUGGGUCUGGGUGGUGAACUAUCACAAGAAGAUGCACAAGGACAAUUACAUCCGGUUGCAUAUUUCAGUCGUGCAUUGACCAAACGAGAACGUUCAUAUCCAACUUAUGACAGAGAAGUGAUGGCUAUGCGAGACACGCUUAGGCAUUUUCGGUAUUAUCUGUUAGGAGCACAAGUAGUGAUGAGGAUCGACCACAAACCUCUUCUAAAGAUCCUGGAACAGAAAGAUCCAUUUGGACGAAGAGCGACAUUGAUGAGAGAUAUAGCAGAAUUCGAACCACGCAUAGAGUUUAUUCGAGGGCAGGAUAAUCACAUGGCAGAUGCUCUUAGUCGGAUCGGAUGGAAUGUCAAGUGGGAAGAGAGAGAUGAGGAUACUAGUAAAGUGGCUACUAUUGGUGGCUCUCAAGACGAGAUUGGUCCAUGCAAGGAUGUAAGGUUGGGCAUAAAUGAUUUCCAAUUGCAGCAAGAACGUGACCCAACCCUUAAGCCACAUAUUUUCACUCACCGAAACGAACAUGGUUUAUUCACACGAGAUCAUAAGAAGCAAGUGUUACUUCCAGCAUCGCUUGUUCCCAACAUAUUAUCAUUAGCUCAUGACGAAACAGGGCACCAAGGAGCAGAUAAAAUGCUUGCAAGAAUUGAACCUUAUUAUUGGUGGCCAAAGAUGAAAGCAGAAGUAGAGAACUAUGCAAAAACGUGCCAACGCUGUGCUGCUACUCUUGCCCAGGGACAUAGAAAAGCACCCAUUCAUCAACGACCAAAAGAAGAGAAACCAUUUGCGUUGAUAGAAGUAGAUCUCAAGGGUCCAUUACCAAGAACGAAAGAGGGAUUUGACAAUAUUGUUGUGAUAACAGAUCCAUGUACAAAAUAUGCAGAGAUGCAUCCAAUUCGAGGACAAACCAGCCAAGUUGUUUGUAAGACACUCAUGGGUUGGAUAUCAAGAUAUGGUUUACCAAACAAAGUGCACUCUGACAAUGGACCUUGUUUCAUAAGCGAAACUUUUGAACAGUUUUGCAUAACCCAAGGCAUUGAGCAUACUUUCAGUCCACCCUAUAGGCCACAAGGAAACGCGGGUGUAGAACGGAUUAAUCGUACGAUGGGGGAAGCACUCACAAAAUUGGUAGAUAAACAUCCCAACCGAUGGUCUCAACACCUACCUGACGUACAACUAGCAUACAACACAGCAGUUCAUACAAGUACAGGAGUUUCGCCGUACGAACUAGUUUUCAAGGAGCACCCGCGAUCAAAAUUCGAAAUUAUAACAGAGAAGAUAUCACCAGCAACGGUUAGAGAGAAAACGGAACGACUGCGCGAGACUGUUAGUGAGGUAUUCCAAAAAGCACAAGAGUCCGAUGCCAAGUUAGCGGAAAAACGCAGAGAACGGUACAACAGUAAAACUUCGUUUAAAUCGUUGGGGGUGGGUGAACAAGUUUGGAAAAGAAAUUUACGAGCAAAAACAUUUGCAGAUCGGUGGACGGGACCCUACGUCGUGGUAAAGCCCACGUCGGUAACCAAAACAUCUUAUGUAGUGAGAAGGAAUAAUGGAACUAAAGAAGAAAUUGUCCAUUACAAUUACCUUAAACCUUAUCAGAUUCGACCUGUCAAGAAACCAAAGUCAAGGAAUCCACCAAAGAAGAAUGGGGUCGUACACCCAGCACUGGGUACCAGUGAGGACAGUGAAUCUGACAGCAGAGAAGAGGAAAUGCAACCAGAGAGAAGAUAUCCAGAAAGAAUUCGAAGACCUCCAGAAAAAUACACAUAA